AAGGCAUUUGACAGCCUUGUACUUCUCCUACUACUAACACUGGAUUAUAAACGCUUUGAUUUUAUGGCCCCAUAUGGGGGGAAGGCCAAAUCUGUUUUACUGGUUAUGACCCCAGCACUGCGGACUAUGAAUCCACGAUUCCUCCUUUUCAUCUUCUUCCUGCUGGUGCUUGUACACCCUGGAAAGAGUGGAAAGAGUGACGACAAUACAAAUGAGAGCUACUACAUGAACGGAAGCACCAGGUGCUUGAGAUGCCUUGCAGGCGAGUAUGUAGUGAAGCAUUGCACCAUCCAGGACACUCCGAGCACUUGUGAGUCAUGUCUCCCUGGAGAAACAUACAGUGAACACCUUACAGGAUUAACUGAAUGCCUUCAGUGUAAAGUGUGUCGUGCAGAUGAAGAAGAAGUGUCUCCAUGCAUGGUGAAAAAGAACACCGUAUGCCGCUGCAAGAAAGGAACCUAUUGUUCUGGUGAUGAGCCUUGUGAGAUCUGCCAGAAAUGUACAACAAGCUGUCCACCAAACCAGGAGAUACAGACACCCUGCAACUCGACAUCUGAUAUAGAAUGUGGACCUCCAAAAACUGCCAACAAAAUGCUACUUGCCAUCCUGCUGCCUAUUGGGUUCAUUGUCUUGUUUGCUGCAUUCUGUGUCUGGUACUUCUGCUUCGGGAAGAAAUGUAAUCAGUUAAAAUGGAAAGAAAAGAUAUUAACUGUGUCUUUCAAUUGUGAUGAGGCCCCAGCACAAGACAUAGAAAGGCCAUUUCUACCUCGGCCAAGACCCCAGCUUCACUGGAAGGAAAACACCACGGAAAAUGAGAAGAAUGAAGCCAUUCAUAAGACUUGCAAUCACUUUCUGGAACUGGUCCCGACAAAUGAAUUUGAGAAAUUUGUGCGAGAGCUGGGGCUGACAAACAACGAGAUUGACUGGGCAAAACAUGACAACAUAGGCACUUACAACCAGCAAUACGCCAUGUUGCUUAAACUGCAGCAGGAUAGAAAAUUUGAUGUGAACAUCUGGUUAAGCAAACUGUAUAAUAUUCGAAUGGGGGAAGUGGCGCAAAGGAUAACUGAGAAAUUGAAAGGAGAUGGAUGGCUUGAGACUUCAAUUCAAGACUGAAGAUUAUUUAUUAUUGUAAAUAUUGUAAAUAUCUUUUUAUAGAAUAAAAAAA